UGGUUGCCGAAUGCUUUUGUAAUCGCAGAGGAAAAGAUCGCUGAAAAUAGGUGCUUAACUAAAGGUAAGUUUACAAAAAUUUACAUAAAACACUUUGUUCCCUAACUAGGCUUGUCAAGAAUCAUAACGGACGGUUAAAUUCUUCCCGCAAAAUCCUGGUAUUUGCGGGUGAAGGGAGUGAAAAAAACCGCACCGAGCGUCAUCUCCCAAGCAAUGGUUGACGGACUGUUGCCGCAAACUUAUGCAGCCUCUUGAGGCUCCGUCACGGUCAGUUUUAUCAAUAAUCCGUUGAAUUAUUAUUGCAACUCGCGUACCAGUUUCGGUUCAUGUUGUGUGUAACGUGAAACGAAUUUGUUUAUGGUUAAUGGGGGUGCAAUUUUAACUAAUUGUACCCAGUGCGAUAAAAGCUUCACCUAUGGAAACAUUGAGUUUUUUUCCAUAGGGUAAUAUAAUGUCUAUUGUAGAGGGAGGUUACCUUUUGACCCAGACGAACCGGAUGGUGAUUUUUAUAAACAUACAAGUACAAGUAAGUUCUCUUCGAAUCCUUCGUACUGUGUCCAUGUAUCUUUACGACUGUCUUAAGAUAAUAAUCAUGUCCAAUCGAUCAGAUACGUGCGAAAAACCAAUCGCUCGAUCUAUACCAAACUGUUAUCGAUCCUGCAUCUCUGUCAAGGGGGAUAUAGAUGAGACUAGAGACUUUCUUAAUCCAUCCCGCAACAUUUACUCGAUGCCCAAUACCUUAGAUGCUGUCCAUUGAGUGUUCCAACAACCUUACCAACCAAUAAGGCGAUUCGCGGGGUAUUGCGGGGGUAUUAAUGUAUUAGCAGUAUCAACUACAUCCUCCUAGAUCAAUCGGUUAAAAAGAUUGGUCCAUCGUUAUUCACUUUCAUACGUCUUAAGUGCAGACAUUGAUAAACCGUUGUAAUCUUGUAAGUGGUGCUAGUGAUCUCUUGCAAGAUCAAUGUAGAAUCCGUAUAACCAAUGUAUAGUCAUUAUAUGAUUGUGUUAAGGUAAGUAAAAUUCCGAGAACAUUUCUCCACACCAAUGCUGGCCAUCAGGGAAUCCAUUCCAGUUCCUUAAGGUGUUUGCUUUUAAAUCAACAUCUCUGUGUUUCCAAUUGUGUACAUCAUUGAGAAAUGAUUUGAGUGAAGGGCUGCACCGCAGGAAGAAUAAAAUCUAUUAACUAUUUACUCCUCUUUUUUCACCUCUUCCUUUCAGAUUUUGUCAUAACAAGCGCCCGCGCGCUCCGAAAACUUAACACCGUGUACAGUAUCGUGGAAUAAAAUAAAACAAUCAAAAAUAGUUUCACCGUUUGGUGAGACAGUAUUGUUACGGUUUUGAGGAAGGAACUAGCGAAAAGCUUUUUAUUUUUCUGUCACGACGCGUUAAGAUCUUUUAGCUGGUUCGAUUACAGUCAGCUAAAACGUUAGCGAGUACGCGAGAAAUAAAGUGAUAUCCGUGUUUAAAGUGCGAGUGUUAAUAGCCAGUGAUCGAAAGAAUUGUUUCCGAACGAACGAGGAAAUCCCUGGUAAAAGGAAUUUUUAAUAAAGUCUACACCUGCGAAUAACCCUCCGAAAGGCUAAAGGAAACAAAAUUUAAACAUUCCGGAAAACAACGUCAGGGACCGUUAGUGACCGUGCGCAACUGCCGGGAACAGGAACGCGAGAAGAUAAAACCGAGGGAUACCCCAUCGUCAACUACUAGUGUGUCCAUUCGAGAAGAUGGAUCUUGACAGUGCAAAUGAUAUGAUAAGUCCGGGUGAUACUGUAGCUCGAUCGAAGCCGGAGACGGAUAUCGAGCAGCAUGUACUUGGCGCAAAGGUUAAGCUGUCCGAUGGCACCGAAGCCCUCGUGUUCAGCCGUACGCCCCGCAACAAAGAUUUGCUGUUUGGGUACAGCUGCCACAUUUGUGGUGUGGUCUGCCUAUACGGUGAACGGAUGCUGCAGAUUCAUAUUGCAGGACGAAAGCAUCAAUCCCGACUGAACGUGACCGUAUUCGAUGCCGAACAGUAUCGUGCUUCGCUUGUGACGAAACCGAAAGGUAACUCUGCACCUGCCGAUACGAACACGCAGCAGGCGGCGGUUACGCUCGGUGUACAGGAGAAUGAAUCUUCAUCAACGUCGAAAACGUUGGCCAAGUUGCAGAACGUGCUGGAUGGAUACAGGGACGGACCGUUGGUUGGGUUGGAGUACAUCAUCGAACUUACCGAUACGGCGUCCGGAUCUGAUCCCUACUAUAGCUGCAUUCUGUGCAACAUUCAUGACAACAACGAAAGCGGCAUUACCACGCACAUGAUCGGUUUGGGCCAUCGGUUUAAAUUUCUCGAGAAACACUAUCCGACCGUGCGUAAGAUGCUGUCACCGUAUCGUAACAAUAAUAUGGAAAACGGUGGACAGGUGUUUUUCCGCGUCGUUCAAACGGUAUGCGAAGCGAUCGAAGAUCAUCAUGGUCGGCUGACACCGCACGUGUAUGAUGCAAACGAUUUUAAUCGCAACCGCGUUAAGUACGGUCAGCAGAUCUCGUUCGGUAGCCACUUUGAUGAGCGAACGGGGCCAAAGUUUGGCGAUGUGAUUGAUGCUAAGGUGCUGCAGGAUUUGCUGCAAGAUAUGGGCAGCGCAGACGAUGUGCAGGUUAAAGUUCAGGGCGGGGAGGCGAAAGCUCAGAGCGAGCAAUACAAAGCGGAAACAAAAGCACCAAAACGCUACCGCAAACGGGACGAGCGUGGAAGUUUGGAUUCUAUCUCAAGCGUUAGCAGUGCGAACUCAAUGCUGACGAUUUCAUCAAGCGGUGACAAUGACGAUCAUAGCCGUCAGCGUGCACGAAGCCCGUUAAACGGGGGACGACAUCGUGGCCAGCGCGGAUCACAUGCUGCCCAAUCGGAAAGGCAGCUGCUACCGACGCCACGGGAAUUAUCGCAACAGUCCGCCGCGAUUGCACACGAACGGUACAAGUGGGAAAAGUAUCGUUGCACGGUCGACAUAACCGUGGCCCAGCUGGCGAAGCAGCUGAAGGAAUACGAAAAGAAUCCGGAAAAGCAUCCGCUGUAUUCGGAGGAGUGGAAAAAGUUCUGGAACAGACGUUACAAAGAGCUGCAGGCGGAAAAGAAGGAUCCGCAAAAGCACAACUUCAAACCGGAAUGGAUCGAGUUCUGGACGAAGCGCAUGAAGGAUCUGCACGAGGAGGAUAUCGCUCGGAAGAAGGAAGAGAUUCGCACGAAGAUGAAUUUGCCUGUGGAGGGCGAAGAACGAACGGAAGAGCUGCGCGAGCAGUACGUUCUGCGUGUGCCGCAAUCGAAUAAGCGCGUACGUACGGGUGAUCCGAAGAUGGGUUCCGCUGACGCCCCGAUUCUUAUCGAUGUGAAUUCUGACGAGGAGGAAGAAGAUUACAAGGGAGGCCAACCGAUGAGAAGAAGCAACCGCUCGCCCAGAUCGUCUCGGCGUCACGAUUGGCCCAGAAAGCGAUCCACCUCGCGUUCUCAUCGUUCGCGCAGUCCGAUCAGUGACGAUAAUAGUUUUGAGGCAUACUCAAGAAGCCGUUCACACCGGGGCCCACCGAUGGAUCAUCGUGGAGAGAGAUCUAGGGAUGGUAGCAAACAUCGUGGGCCUCCGCCGGAACGGGUAGACUACGACGAGUGGGCCAAAAAUUAUUACGGCCCCAACAAGAAAGUAUUUGUGCGGACGGAGUUCGAUGCGGAGAAUCAGACUCCGCUCAACUUUAUAGCGGUUUGCCGAUUGCUGACGGCUUUCGAGGAAUACCUGGGAAGCCUCGGACCGAAGGUGAUCGAUUUGUUGGCGAAGGCGCUCGCGCUGGAGAAGGUGAAGGCUAAUUCGGCCGACGAUUUGCUACUGAACGAGGACAACUGUAUGUUUCUGGAGACGGUAAAGGAAAAGCUAAAGGGCCACAUGAUGGCCGAAACGAUUGAUCUACCGAAGAUUGCACCGAUCAAAAAGGCGGUACGGAACAUUGCGCGAUUGCUGCAUGAAGCCUCCUUGCGUGAACAAUCCGUUAAACCACCGGAAGACGAACUGUCCCACGAUUCGUUGCCCGUUAGUGAGCCAUCCGCACCGGCCGCAACAAGUUCAUCCUCUACAACUGCACCAACCAUCGACAAAAUAGCAGUUGCAGAGCAGCUGGCAAAGUUGCUUGUCGCCCAGGGUAAGUCCGAUUUUACCACGGACGAGUUGGAAGAGCUGAUCAACGUGUACGUCGCUAUGGCGCAGAUGUCCCGGGAGCGAAACACAAUCGUUAACGCGAAAAGUUAUAUGGCAGAACUGCCACAGCUUACCGUUUCAUCGGCACCGAAGGAAGUAGCACCUGUGGCAGCUCCAGUUGUCCCGCCGAAAGCACCGGUAGUGAAGGAACGUGCCCGUCCGGAGGCUUCUUCUGGAUCGCGUGGAGCACCGGCUCGGUUUAGUGAAAAGACGAAUGAUGUCUCAGCUCGUACCGGAAACUUUGGCUCCAGCAUACCAGCUAUGGAGGAGGAAAAUUCAUCAUCGGGAACUCUCGAGAAUCUAACCGAUUCUGAUUUGCAAACGUUACUGCAGAGCUUCAAGGAUCUUUCGAACGACGAACAGAUGCAUCUCAUAUCGUAUCUCCGCAAACUGGAGCGUACCGAACCGGACCGUGUUGAGCAGCUGCGUCGUUACGUGAAUUUCGAUGCAUUUAAUAACCCACCCGGAGAUGGAAGAAACAGCCGAGGUGGUGAUAAUGGAGAUAGACGAGAUGUCGACAUCCGACUAUCCGAUAUGGAUGAGCACAGCUAUACGGGACACGAUGAUGAUUCCAGUUACGAUAUGUUCCGACCAUCCGGAGGGUCGACGACUGGUGGUCGAAAACCAGUACAGAUGCCAUCGUCCAAUAAUGCUGGACAACAAAGACCACCCGUUCAACGUGCACAACAACAACAACCGCUACAGCAGCAGCAACAGCAGCAGCUGCAGCAACAACGGCAAAAGGUUACACAUCAGCAGCAAAUGCCGCCACAAAAGAAAGCGAACACAAUGAUUGUAGAUUCGGAGGACGAAGACGAUUACUCUUACGAUGACAUUUUGCGGGCGGCUUCGAAGAACGUAUCCACGAUACCGCAGCAACCGAGAUCUAAAACACCAACCGAUGCGUACGACACCAGCUCGAACCAUUCUCAGCGAACAAAUUCCAACAAUGACACGGGAAACGGCGGUUCAGGUUCGGGUGGAAUUUCGUUAACGGACACGCAAAAUUUAAUCGCAAACCUGAUGGAAUCGCUUCAAAAAUCCGUUUCCGACGCCAAUAGCCAAAAGCCAUCGAGCGCGGGUGCGGGUGGUACCACUAACUACACCAACCCGAUCACGACGAUCGGAACCCCGGGCGGUGAAAGUUCGAAAGGUCCCAUACCUGGCAAGGUCACAAAUCAGGCAUCGAACGCAUCCGCGAUGUAUCCGUCCUUUCCACAGCAACAGCAGCAAGGUCAACCAGGCAUGCCAAUGCUUUACGGCGGGCAACAGGGACAACAACCCAUGGGCCAUAUGCAGGGACCGCCAGGACAGAUGCAACCGCAAUUUGGCGGUCAGUUUAUGUAUCAGGGACAGAUGUUCGGUGCGAAUGCAGCUGCGCAGCAGCAAAUGCAACAGUACGGUUACGGUAAUUAUGGUUACUAUUGAGGGAAGAAACGAUUCCGAAUCGCGAGCGAAUAGGAUGGUUCUUGCUCUGGCAUUUUACGGUUAGUUGCCAUUUUAUGAUGCGACUUUACCGGUGAGAUUAAGUUUUUGUGAAAAUAAAUGAAGCUACAAGUAAAAGCAUGAAUUUGGAAUAAUUAA